CGGUACGAGAAGGCAUACACACACACAAUCCUUGCUCUCUCUACUACAAAUUCAAACCCUCUCUCUCUCUCAUCCACCUCGAAUCACAUUCUCAAACCCCUGCUUAGGGUUUCAACUCUCAUUUCCGAUCUUCCAAUUCAGAUCUCACUCCAAUUAAUCUUCAUUUUUAUUUUCGAAAUUCGGAUACUUAAAUUGAUACUUGAAUCAAAAAAUCAAUCGAUUCCAUGGCGGAAGAGCAAUCGUCGGCGGCGGCGGCGUCGAGCAACACUGCUGCGGCGGCGCCGCCUUUGGGGCACUCGGUGAUACCGAUAGUGAACAAGCUGCAGGACAUAUUCUCGCAGCUCGGAAGCCAGUCGACGAUCGAGCUGCCACAGGUGGCGGUGGUCGGAAGUCAGAGCAGCGGCAAGUCCAGUGUGCUGGAGGCGCUGGUUGGGCGCGAUUUCCUGCCGCGUGGAAAUGAUAUUUGCACGCGCCGCCCGUUGGUCCUGCAGCUCGUGCAGAUGAAGAAGAAGGGCGAUGGAACAGAUGAGGAGUGGGGGGAGUUCCUGCACUUGCCGGGGAAGAGAUUUUUGGAUUUCAAUGAAAUCAGGAAGGAGAUUCAGGCUGAAACUGAGAGAGAAGCCGGAGGAAACAAAGGUGUUUCGGACAAGCAGAUUCGUCUAAAGAUUUUUUCCCCAAAUGUUCUUGAUAUUGCCCUUGUGGAUCUUCCGGGUUUAACAAAAGUUCCUGUUGGUGAUCAGCCUUCUGAUAUUGAAGCACGUAUUAGAACAAUGAUAAUGUCAUAUAUUAAACGACAAAGUUGCUUGAUACUGGCUGUAACUCCAGCAAAUGCAGAUCUAGCAAAUUCAGAUGCACUUCAAAUGGCUGGAAUUGCAGAUCCUGAUGGUUAUAGAACAAUUGGUGUAAUUACUAAGUUGGAUAUUAUGGACAGGGGCACUGAUGCUCGCAACUUUUUGCUUGGAAAAGUUGUUCCUCUUAGGCUUGGUUAUGUAGGUGUUGUGAAUCGUAGUCAAGAGGAUAUUUUAAUGAAUCGGAGCAUCAAGGAGGCACUCGUAGCAGAGGAAAAGUUUUUUCGCAGUCGGCCAGUAUACAAUGAUAUUGCUGAGCGUUGCGGGGUCCCUCAGUUGGCCAAGAAGUUGAACCAGAUUCUGGUACAACAUAUUAUGACAGUGCUUCCAGGGUUGAAAACACGCAUUGGCUCUGCACUGAUUUCUGUUGCAAAGGAGCAUGCUAGCUAUGGAGAGAUUAUUGAAUCAAAGGCCGGCCAAGGAGCAUUAGUAUUGAACAUUCUUUCAAAAUAUUCCGAUGCAUUCUCUUCAAUGAUAGAGGGAAAGCAUGAAGAGAUGUCGACGUCUGAGUUGUCUGGUGGAGCAAGAGUCCAUUACAUUUUCCAAAAUAUAUUUGUAAAGAGCUUGGAGGAAGUAGAUCCCUGUGAGGACUUAACAGAUGAUGACAUACGCACUGCCAUUCAAAAUGCAACUGGUCCCAAGUCUGCACUGUUUGUGCCGGAAGUUCCGUUCGAGGUUCUUAUUAGAAGACAGAUUGCUCGUUUGUUGGAUCCAAGUCUUCAGUGUGCUAGAUUUAUAUAUGAUGAGCUAAUAAAGAUGAGCCAUCGCUGUAUGGUUAAUGAAAUGCAACGCUUUCCAGUUCUAAGAAAGCGUAUGGAUGAGGUCAUUGGGAAUUUUUUGCGAGAAGGUCUUGAGCCUUCAGAGACAAUGAUUGGUCAUAUUAUUGAAAUGGAGAUGGAUUACAUAAACACUUCCCAUCCAAAUUUUGUUGGUGGGAGUAAAGCUGUGGAGAUGGCAUUACAGCAGACGAGGGCCUCCAGAGUUGCCGCCACACCCAAUGCAAGGCAGAAGGAACCAAUAGAUUCAGAUAAAGCACCGAAUUCAGAGAAAAGUCAAAAGUCUCGUGCGAUUUUUACCCGCCAACAGAACGGAAUUGUUCCAGAGCAGGGUAUUCGGCCUGCUGCAGAUGUCGAGAAAACUGCACCUCCUGUUACCAAUGCUGUAUCGACCUGGGGAAUAUCUUCAAUUUUCGGCAGCCAUGAUAAUCGCGGAUCUAUGAAGGAGAAUUCGACCAGUAAACCAUUUAACGAACCUGUUCAGAGCAUGGAGCAUAGCUUCUCGAUGAUUCAUUUGCGAGAGCCUCCUAGUGUGUUGAGACCCUCGGAAACCCAUUCAGAUCAAGAGGCUGUUGAGAUUGCUGUUACGAAGCUGUUAUUAAGGUCAUAUUAUGAUAUUGUGCGAAAGAACAUCGAGGACUUUGUACCAAAAGCGAUUAUGCAUUUUCUGGUAAACCAUACGAAACGGGAGCUCCAUAAUGUUUUCAUCAAAAAGCUUUACAGAGACAACAUGUUUGAAGAAAUGUUGCAAGAACCAGAUGAGGUGGCCACAAAGAGAAAGCGUACCCGAGAGACACUUCGCGUUCUGCAGCAAGCAUUCCGAACACUUGAUGAACUUCCACUCGAAGCUGAGACAGUCGAGAGAGGCUACAGUGUAAGCACUGAUCAAACAGGUUUGCCAAAGAUUCACGGGCUUCCAACUUCAUCGUUAUACAACACAAGCAGUGGCUCAAACGACUCAUACAACGCUUCACCGAAAAACCAAAGGGGGUCACGUAAAUCAUCGCAUUCUGGAGAGCUUCACUCACCAUAUUAUGCAGAUUUCAACGGCGGUGGGCGCAGUUCGAUGCCUGGUCUUUAUCCAUCGGUUGAUAUUUAGGUUUGUCAUUCGCCAUCUUCGUUACAUGACUCGCUGAGUGCCCAGUCGAGUCAGCAAUUCUUUCUAUUAAAUUGAGAAAUAGCGAAAUUGACUAUUUGUCUUCCUAUCAGUUCCGUAUAGUAUAUCUUUUUGUUCGCUUUUGAUAUGGUUGGUUAUAAAUACCUUUUGCUUACAAAAGCUCCAAUAAAAGUAGGAGCCAGUUCCCGCGCUUUAGGUGCGGUGCUGUAGCCAAAUAUAUUGGAUAACUCUAGUUUUGUUUCGUCAGUUAAACUCUUUAGUUUUUACCAUAUGUUUGGUGCUGCAAUUUUCCGACAGGCUUUCUAUGGAAGACAUCUGUAUAGUUUGCAUUUGUUUAAUUUUGUUUUUGUUUUUUCUGAAAUUCCCUGUAAUCUUUCGAAGCUUUAGUCAGAUACAUUCGUUUA